GUGCUGUCGGGCUGCGUGCAGGGCGCGCUGACGCACGGCUGCUGCUGUUGCUGUGAACCGCAGGGAUGUCAGACGCGCGCGUGUACGCAAGGAGGUGAGCGCAGACAGACAGGUCUCCCGACAGCAUCAAAAACAGGACAGUGACACAUCCUCUCUCAUCCGAUUCAGUGCCUGAGAGGAAGAGGAGUCAAAUAGCGGGUACUAUGUGUCCACGUCGCGUGUCCGCGACUCUGAGCGAGGCAGCGCGUGCGAAUUCUGCGGCAGCUGUGAAUGCGGACUGAUCGGGAAUAACGUAGACUGGAAAAGUCAGCCAGGCAUGAAAAAACAGGCUGAUCAGUGAGCAAAUGAUCAACUAGACGAUCGUUUGCAUACGUAUACAUUGUGCGCAAUCUCAGGGUUCUUUCAAUGAAAUACACAGUGGAUGGGAAGAGAGGCGCAGAGCGUUUUGAUGUGAAUCGAGACUCAUUGGAUUCGGUUUAAGUGAUUCUGCAGUUUCUGCCAGGAGAUCUUACAUCAGGUGUUGAGCUAUAUCUGCACUGAAUGAGCUCUGUGUGCUGCGGGUAUAGAAUGUUGUCUCAAUAACAUCAGCCCGUCUCCGCUCUGACUGCGGCAGGUGGAAGUCCAGGGGUCAGGUUUACAGUCUGUGAGUCGGGAGUGAAUCAGCACGGCUUUUGAUUGACAGACAGCUUGGUGGGAAACAAGGCCUCGGUAGAGCGAAGUCCGAUAACAGGAGUGAAAGCAUCGCCACGGCGAUAUCAUCUUUCACUCUUCACUGCCACUCGUCUUUCUCAACAUGGCCUCUGCAAUGGCACCGCUCUCUUCCGUCCCUGCUUCUUGGAAACCCAACACAUUUCUGUAGACUGCUGAAGAGGAGGUCUGGAAAUUGUCUUUAGACUUUUGAACAGAUGGAGGAAUGCUUAAAACAAGUGUUCUGUGUAAAGUUUUAUAUAUAUUGUUCCUACCUUGAGGAAUACUUCUGAGGGAUUUAAAGAAGCUCAUUGUACAAAAAACCAACGUUUUACAAGGACAUUGCUGUCUCUCAUUUUAUAUGUUUCUAUGUAACGUCAAAGGCCAGUGCGUGUGGCUGGAGAGCCCGUCAUGGCCAGACCUCUGCUGAAGAUCCAUCGUUAUUUCCACCGCAAGCCGGUGCGCUUUUUCUCCUUCAUCAUCCUCUACCUCACCGCUGGCAGCCUUGUUUUUCUUCACUCGGGCUUCUCCAGCGAUUCUUCCACCAGUGGUUCUGGGAGCGGCCGUGACCCAGUUAUAUCUGAAGGCGGAGCAGGUGGUGCGAGUCCUACCUCUGACGGUUUGGGAAUCAUAGGGAGGGUGUUUAAGGAGACACGGAGAGCCCCCCGGAGAUUCGGGCCACCUUGGAUGAAGGAAAAUGGGGUGCAGGAUGCACCAGAGUGGGCAGGGCGAGGAGUAUAUGCCAACAGCUGGAACCAUGGAGCCAAAGGAAGAACAACCAAAGAGAUGGAUGAUGGGAGAGCAAAAUACAUCGGCUGCUACGUGGAUGACACACAGAAGCGCGCGCUCAGAGGCGUGUCCUUUUUUGACUACAAAAAAAUGACUGUCUUCCGUUGCCAGGACAACUGUGCAGAGAGGGGGUAUCUCUACGCCGGUCUGGAGUUUGGAGCAGAGUGCUACUGUGGUCAUAAGAUCCAAGCGUCCAAUGUGUCCGAGAGCGACUGUAAUAUGGGGUGUAAAGGAGAGAAGACUAACCUCUGCGGAGGACCUAAUCGACUCUCCAUAUAUAGACUGGAGCUGAGCCAGGAGUCUGCCCGGAGAUAUGGAAGCGCUAUCUUUAAGGGAUGUUUCAAGAGACCAGACAACGUGACCUUGGCACUUCCUGUUAGCGCCGUCAUUCAAAACAUGUCAGUGGAUAAGUGCGUCGACAUGUGUACAGAGAAAGAGUUUUCUCUGGCAGCAUUGGCUGGUGAAAAAUGUCACUGUGGCUUUCCCACUCCUCUCUUCACCCUACACGAGCACGAGGAUGAGGAACUGUGUGUGCAUCGCUGCGCUGGGGAAGAUUUCGAUAGCUGUGGGAACAAUGACUUCUUUGUAGUGUACCAGACACAAGUUCAGGAUAAUCGGUGCAUGGACCGACGCUUUCUACCCACCCGUUCUAAACACCAAGUGGCGCUUGCGAGUUUCCCUGGUGCGGGAAACACCUGGGCUCGUCAUCUUAUUGAGUUGGCCACGGGCUAUUACACUGGCAGCUACUAUUUCGAUGGCUCGCUGUACAACAAGGGUUUUAAAGGAGAGAGAGAUCACUGGCGCAGCGGUAGAACCAUUUGCAUCAAGACCCACGAGAGCGGCAAGAAGGAGAUUGAAGCCUUUGACGCCAGCAUCGUCAUGAUCCGGAACCCUUACAAAGCCCUAAUGGCCGAAUUUAACCGAAAGUAUGGCGGCCAUAUUGGAUUUGCCUCCCAAGCUCACUGGAGGGGAAAAGAGUGGCCGGAGUUUGUGAGGAACUACGCUCCAUGGUGGGCGUCCCAUACGCUAGACUGGCUGAAAUACGGGAAGAAAGUCCACGUAGUGCAUUUUGAGGAUUUAAAGCGGGACCUUUUUUCUCAUUUGAAAAGCAUGGUCGUUUUUCUGCAUCUGGAGGUUUUUGAGGAACGUCUGUUGUGUGUGGAAGGUCAAAAAGAUGGGAACUUCAAACGCUCUGGGUUGAGAAAGCUAGAAUAUGACCCUUACACGCCAGAAAUGCGUGCCAACAUUGAUGGGCUUAUUAAGACUGUGGAUACAGCUCUGAAGAAGAGAAACAUGUCUGGUGUACCUGAUGAGUACAGACCAAGAUGAUACAA